AGAAGACAUCGUGAUGACGAAUACGAAUCCAGCAGAGGCGGCCAUCGGUCUGGAUCGCGAGAAAAUGAGUACCGGCGGCGCUCAAGGUCACCCGGGUUGAGAAACGAGCGAACGCGGUCGAGGGACAGAGAGAGGAGGAGAGACCGGGACCGCGAAAGACGCAGGAAUAGCAGCGGGGAGAGGGACCGUCGAAAAGUGCAAAGCCCGGACCCUCCGCGCUCGAGGCACAAACCCCGACGUACCGCUGACGACGACGACCAAUUGAGAUCCGACGGCAGACGAAGCCUCAUCAAGCGCUCUGGUCCAUUACCCUCCCAAAAUGACUCCUUCGCGCUAAGUAAAGGCGAAGAAAUCGAGAAGCCCAAGGAAAAGCCGAAUUUUGGGACUACUGGGUUGCUAGCUGCUGCUUCCAAUUCGGUUACCCAGGCUGACGGAAGCGUUAUUACACUGAAGUACCAUGAGCCCCCGGAGGCCAGGAAGCCACCCCCGCGCGAUAUGUGGAAACUUUUUGUGUUCAAAGGGGACGACGUCAUUGACACCAUUGAAUUGAGCACACGAAGUUGCUGGCUGAUUGGGAGAGAGCUAGCCGUUGUUGAUAUCGCAGCUGAGCAUCCCAGCAUCAGUAAACAGCACGCUGUUAUUCAGUUUCGGUAUACGGAGAAACGCAAUGAGUUCGGUGACAAGAUUGGCCGGGUGAAGCCGUACCUGAUCGACCUGGAAAGCGCAAAUGGCACCCUGCUUAACGACGAAAAGGUACCAGAAAGCCGGUAUUUGGAGUUGCGCAACAAGGACGUGAUUCAGCUCGGCUCGAGCACGAGGGAAUACGUGAUCAUGCUUGCGCCAAGGGAUUGA